AUGAGAGGAAAUGAAAAUCUUCGUAUUGUCGUUCUCAUGAAGGAAGAAUUAGAUGAUCAAAGAAGCCUACCAUAGGGAUAUGGAUGCUCAACUGAUUCCUUCGGUGAACUGGAAAGUCAAGCUGUGUAUGGGAUAUGGCUGUGA